AUCUCAUGCAGAAUAAAAUCCGGUUGCAGUUUUGACUUGAUCACCAUUCGGCGCUGAUCUCCUCGCGAAAAUGUCCAUACCAUUUGCAAUUGUCGAUGCAUUUUGUCUCCCUGGCCAAGACUUUUCUGGUAAUCCUGCAGCAGUCUGUUUGUUAACACACGACGAUGAUAUUACUGAUGAAACUAAGGCAAGAAUUGGUGCCGAAUUCAAUUUAAGUGAAACAUCGUUUGUCUCAACAUCCUGGAACAAAUCCAUAGCGCAACGCAGUGACAAAGAUUUUACACUGCGCUGGUUUACACCAGAGGGUGAAAUUGCUUUAUGUGGUCAUGCCACCCUUGCCUCAGCGAAGUUUUUGUUCAGUAAAAUGAAGAAUGACUGUAACGACAAGGAAACCACGAUCUAUUUCGAGACAAAAUUUAAAGGUUCGCUAUGUGCAACCAUGCAUUGGGAUAGUGGUCGUAUAAGUAUCAAUCUCCCAUUAACACCUGUAAAAGAAAUGACUGGUAAUGACCUGGAAUUCGUAAAAUAUCUGGUGGAACCAUUCGAUGUUUCCAUUGUGCACAGUGCUUACUACGUUCCAUCAACAAAAUAUCUUUUCAUAAGACUUAAUGACAGAUGUGGUGAGAAAGGAUUGAUUGACAUAAAACCCAACUACCAUCGGUUAUGUGAUGUUAAAGGUGAAAAUCCUGUAAUUGGAGCAAUAGUAUCAGUGAAAGGAUCUGGCGACAUACAUUUCUACUCACGCUUCUUCGCCCCAUGGCUAGGUGUAAACGAGGACCCGGUAUGUGGAUCGGCACAUUGUGCCCUUAUGUCUUAUUGGCCUACUGAAUUGAAGUCAAAUAAAUUAUUGGCAAAGCAAUGUUCGAAACGUGGUGGUCGUCUUCAUUGUUCGAUAAGAGAAGGUAGUCCCGAUCGAGUCUAUCUGGAAGGUAACACAAAAGUCUUUAGUCAUGGUGAAUUGCUGUUGUAGAUUAAAAACUGAAAGAGUACAUUUGAUUAUUCCAAUAUAAUAACGUAAUGAUUCUGAACGUUAAAUCAAUAAACGAAUUGUGUUAUUAACUGGA